CAUAUACUCGUAUAAAUCCUCACCAUGUUCAUCCUCGAUUGGUUCCGCGAUGUCCUGUCCAGCUUGGGCCUUUUCAACAAGAAUGCCAAGAUUCUUUUCCUCGGUCUUGACAAUGCUGGAAAGACCACUCUGCUCCACAUGUUGAAGAACGACCGCUUGGCCACUCUCCAGCCUACUCUCCACCCCACCUCUGAGGAGCUCUCAAUCGCCAACGUCAAGUUCACGACGUUCGACUUGGGUGGACAUCAGCAAGCUCGUCGUAUUUGGAAAGAUUACUUUGCCGAGGUCAACGGCAUUGUCUUUUUGGUCGAUACCCAGGAUCGCGAGCGCUUUGGAGAGUCCAAAGCUGAGUUGGAUGCCCUCCUCGCCAUUCAGCAGUUGGAGCGCACCCCGUUCUUGAUUCUUGGAAACAAAAUCGAUGCCCCUGGCGCAGUCUCUGAGGAGGAGCUCCGCUCUCAACUCGGAUUGAUUCAGACCACUGGCAAGGGCAAGGUCCCACUGAAGGACAUGCGCCCCAUUGAGGUCUUUAUGUGCUCGGUCGUCAUGAAGCAGGGAUACGGCGAUGGUUUCCUCUGGAUGUCCCAGUACAUCUAAGUGAUAGACAUAUCAACAUAUUUGAUGUCGUCCAAAAUAUGUAGCUGAAUUGCACAGAGCCAAUUUUUUGUCAUCCAGCUGGAUUCUAUCUUCACCGUUACCUUCAUAGCCUUUCCGUUCUCUCUUUCAGCUCUAUAAUACAGUCAUUUUUUAUGAUAUAUAAUCACCUGUCGAGUUUAUCUACGCGCAUGGGUUUAAAGAGUAUAAAUAAGACGCAGAAAUUACAAAA